UCAGGGUCGGCCCGGUGGCGCGACCUGGCCGCUAUCACGUGCCUUAUUGUUUGAGCGUCAAUACAGUCUGUGUCCGUUGUCAACCGCCAUCGCAUGCUUACCGUAGAAAUCAUGAUUUCCUCACCCGCGAAACGCCUACUUACGGAGGAUGAGCGCGUUUCUAAGAUCGGUUCGGAAAUUCACAGGAAUGAUGCUACUCCAUCCGACGUGACUGCGAGCAUACGCAAUGCGGCAAUGAGAGUCAGAAAGAAUGUAUUAGAGGGGUACCGCACACAGCCCUCAGCCCCAAGCACACCGAACAGCUCCCCAACUAAGUGUACAUCAGCGUCUCAUGUAGAAAAGGAAGCUUACCCUUGGGCAAAUGAUGCGCUGCGGGAAGUGUUUGCAUCUGCAACCUCCGGCAAAUAUACUCCUGCUACGUCAUCUCCCGCAAAGCGUAGACGUUCCGAGUCAAGCGAUGAUAUUUCCUCGGACAGCGAAUCAUCAGAUGACUAUAUGGAUGUUGAGAGGCCCAUGAAACCCUUGCGGACGUCUGGAGGAACAUUGAUGGCUGCACUAGGUCUGCCUCACGUACUAACCAGCCCUCCCGGCGGCGCGGAAAUGACUCGUGUUCAAAAGUACCCCGUAGCGCAGGAACACGACGUGCAUUCCAUUAUGGAUGUCGUCGGGUCAGCUUCCCACAUUGCGCAGCGUUGAACUAUGUAGUGAUCUACGCCGUACGGCGAAUGACCUGCAGCAACCGGAGGACGAUCAAAGACAGGCCUAUAUUUAUACAGGUGUUUUGCACGCCUUCUCGGUCGGUAGAUUGUAAGAGGUUGAAUAACCGUUUUAUGUAUGUACCUUGCUGCGGCGGGUUGGCAAGCAAAACAUGAAGGAUAUACAUAUAUUCGCGUACUAGCAACACUCACGCGCAUCUUACAGAAAUCUCAGGCAAGCAAAUUGCUCUGGCAUGAACAAUGUCAAGA